AACAUGAUAAGGAUAUUAUCUAUGGACAUUAUUAAUAUUAUUAAAUUGAUAAAUCACUUGGUUCAAUAAUUGAUAAGCAUACCUACUAAAAAAUUAUAAAUAUCGAAAUAUAUUCGAAGUAAUCAAAAUCAAGUAGACAAUAAUUAAAUUACUCUGUUUACUGAUUAAGAUAUAAUAAAUUAAUUAAUAUUCAGUAAUACCAUAGAAAGAGAAUAGUACUUCUUCCUUUUAAUCACCUACAUAAAAAUGGCUUCAGCCCAAGUGUCGAAAGGAAGUUUCCAACCAGUAAGUUUUCAAUUUAAUUUUAUUAUUUGUUCAUUGUGUAUUUUUUACAUGCAUCCAUAGAUGGCUACCUAUGUCAAAAUAAUUUAUUAUAAUAUGGUUUAUACUAUUACUUAAGUAAUCGUGGAAUUUAAAUUCUGAGAAAACAGUGGUUUUUAUCAUCUGAAAAUAUGUUUUGGUAUAAUAUGAUUUAACUAGUUUCAUAUUAGAUUAGGGUUACCAUACAUCACAGUACACCGGGACAUGUUACCAGUUUAUGACUUUGGACCCCGUUGUCCCAUUACACUCUCCAAAAAUCCCAGUUAGUGUAAUUAAAAUAAGCACCAAUAAUUAUAAAUUAUAUUUUAAAAUUUGUGUUAUAAAAACCUUUAAUUUCACGUCGGACACUCUACUUAUUCUAUUAAAAGAUUAUCUUUACUGAUAAUAAUCAUUGAACUGUAUUAUUAUGGUGAAGAUGGGAAUACAAAAAACACAUGCCAAAUGGUGUUGCAUUUCCAUCAAAAAAUUGAUAUAUUCGAAAGAAGCGUAAUUUAAUUUUGAUGUGUUAAUACUUAUUUGCCAUUCCUGGUCAUAACGCCAAUGUUGAGAGGAUUUUUUCACUGAUAAUAGCCUCCGGUAAACCAAAGAACAUAACUGUCUUCAAGUAGAAAUUGUGGAAAGUAUCAUUCAAUGCAAAUUUUAUUUCAAAAUGACUUGUUUGUAAUUUCAUACGUAUGUCAUGAGAAAACCAGAGCUAUUAAAAUAGGGGAAAACGUCAGAAAAGUAUAAAAUUUCAAUUAAUUAAUCAAAUUUAUCAUUUAUUUAACUUACAUAAGCAGCACUUAACCCCCCCCCUGUAUUUGUGUUUGUGAUGUAAGAAUAGAUAUUUAAACUUAAAAUUCAAAAUAUGGUAUAAAUGUAAAAUAAGUAUGUAACCUUAUAUACGGUAUACACUAAAUUCAAUGCUAUUAUUAUUUUAUUAUUUUGUUCUACAUAUAUAUAUAUAUAUAUAUUACAUUGUGUUCUAAAUUGUAUAAUUAAAAAAAAAAGGUUGAAAUUGUUUUGUAAAUGUCCUGCUUAAUACUGAACUUUUAUGGCAACUCUAUAUUAGUUAGCAGAUAGGGAAAUUUUUAAUAUUCUAAUUUAAAUACAGUUGAUAUUUUAAGGGAUUUUGUUUUUAAUUUCUUGAUUUAAUACCCUUAAAAUUACAACAAACUACAAGAAUCAUGGCUAAACUUUUUUGUAUAAAUACGUAUCUCAAAUAAAAUAGUCGCGCAUUAUAAUAUAUUAUUCAAAAAUUCUUUGACCUUUUAGAUAUUUAUAUUAUAGGCUUAUAGUUUGUUAUGUUUAUAUUGAUUUAUAGGAUUCAGAUGUUCACAUCACAUUUGAAGAUCAACAAAAAAUCAAUAAAUUUGCAAGACUUAAUGCUCGUGUUGAAGAAUAUAGAGAUGAAUUGAAAACUAAACAAGUAAGUUUGAAUUUAAAUUAUUAUCCAUAUUGCUAUGCCACAACUAAUUAUUUAAGUCCCUUAGCGCAAGUAAAAUUGUGAUGGUCCUACAGUCACUAUAUCACAUAACGUUAAUCAAAAUGUAACGCUUUACACAUAAUAUUUCGGUCUGUUUGCCUGGUACUUCUACUAGUUUUCACAAUGUUAUAUUAUUUUAUAUUUAAAAAGUGUUUUGAAAAAAUUAAAUAAAAUAUCUUGACAUUGAUGUUCAUUUUAGAUAUUUAGUGUAGCGAAGAAGUUACACUUGUUUUUUCUCAACUUUUUCAUUUAGAGCCUUAAAAAUUACAGAUUUGAUAUCCAUAGCGUUUACGCUAUCUGAUUAUUUUGUUUACUUUUCAGAAUUUUCAACCAGCCCUUUUUUUUUGUUUUUGUUUAUACAAGUUUAUUUCAUAGAUAUUAUUGUAUUGCAAAAAAAUAUAAUAGCUUGAUUAUAGACAUAUAAUAAAAAGUAAAUUAAUACUAAGUAUAAUACUAUUAAUACUAGUACUAUAUUUUUUUAAAACCAUUGUUAUUUUUUCGGAAUAUUACAUUCUAGAUUUUUCAGUCCAUGAUUUUAUGUUUCGAAUUUGUAUACCUCUUUCAUUAUAUUAUAUACUACUAGUAGAUAUUAUGUAUAGAAACAUAAACCUACAAUGAUUUAUCUUAAAAGGAUACUAUUAUUAGUUAUUUUACUCAGUGCUCAAAUGAGGGAAAUUAAAGAAGAGGGAUUAUAAGACUUCAUAAUUAAUCUUAACUUAAUUUGUGGGGAGCUUUGCCUCUAACACCAAUUUAAGAUUCUGAGCAUUUAUUUUUCUUUUAUCUGUGAACUAUUUUCUAACCAGAAAUAAAUUACUAAUAAAAUACUUCGAUUUUUAAGUGUAGCACUUAUCUAAAAAUAAUUUUUAUCUGGGUGCUAUCUAAGUAAGUUAUUUUUUGAUUAAUCAAGCAGUCUUCAUAAUAAUUGAUUAAAUUUACUUAAUGUAUUCUUUUAAAUAUUUAAAAAACAUUUGAGCCAUUCAUAGAUAUUUAAGUUUGUUUUUUUACGUAAUUUUUAUAUGGUAGGUACUCUAUUUUUAAAAUUGUUAGACCAAACAGAAAUGCUUGAAAAUUUAACUGGAGUUUCAUUAUAAAUUGUACUUUCUAGUAAAAAAAAAAUCAAAUGUAAUGUUAAUUUUUUUUAACCAAAUUAUGCUCAGAAUAUUUUUCAUUUUUCAAUGAUUAAUUGUUGAGUAUAUAAAUUAAAUUCACCUCUGUUCAAAAUAUGUCCAUAUUUUUAAAUAUAAUUCAUGAUUUCUGAAAACACACUCAUAACAUUACCUGAUAUAGGCCAAAUUUUUUUUUAAACGUGUUUGGUCAAUUUAAUUUGUUUAGACAACAUUAAAGAAUCUAGAAGAUGCUUCUGAAGAAUUAUUAUUAUUAGAUGAAGAUGAUUGUCCAAAUCUGCCAUACCUAUCUGGGGAAACUUUUGUAUAUUAUAAUUUAGAAACUGCACAGGUAUAUUUAUUAACUCAAUUUUAAUAUUCUAUAUUACGAUCAUUUCUGUAAUACAAUUAUCAUUGCUUAGAAUAAUCUAGAACAACUCAAAAAAACUGUUGGAAAGGAGAUGAAGGAUAUAGAAACAAAAAUCAAGGACACUACAUCCACAAUGAGUGACCUGAAAACUCAUUUGUAUGCUAAAUUUGGUAAUAAUAUAAAUUUAGAAGCUGAAGAUUAAAAACAUAUAUUUUUCAAUAUAUUAUAAAUUACAUUACAAUUUUGUACUAAUAAUUUAACCUCAAUAAAAUAUUUAAAAAAAGUUUUAUAUAUAUAAUAAAAAAUCGUAAUAUAGCCUUAAUUUAAAGUAAUAAAAUAUAUUAAUGAAUAAUGACACUUAAAAUAUAAAUUAAUAUAUUUUAAACUUAUGAAGUUAAUAAAAAUAAAAAUUAAUUAACAAUAAUAUACUAUGUACAAACAUUUUUUUUUCUUUAUGUUUAUUAUAGUACAUCAAAUUGAACAAAAAAUGAAACCAUUAAUACCUUUAACAUUAAUAUAAUGUAUUUUGGUCGUAAUAAUCAUUUCAUAAUUUUAUCCAGCUUCUUAGUCCUUGUCAGAUUUUUUGAAUUCAAAAUUAAUGCUCAAGUAUUCUUAAGUGCAUUAAAAAUAUUCGGAAUUUAUGCUUGUCUGAAUUGUUUUCUAACAUCUUAUCACACAACAAUGAAAAAUUUAAUAAAACAGCCAUUCAAAUUUAUUUGCUAUUCUUGUUUAAUGGUUGUGAUCUACCGAUAACAUUAAUGGUGUUACUGUUCCACAUACUAAACAGACCAAUUGUAAGGGUUUAAAAGUAUCACUGCCACUUCUUGAUGCUUUAACCAUCAGCUCGGGAAGAACAUGUACAGUAGCAACAUAUAAAAAUGUCCCAGCACUGAACAACAUUGCAGCUCCAGUAGCAUUUGUGGAUGAUAAUGUUUUUUUACCUUCCUAAAAUAUAUGAUAGCAUAAUAACUAUUAUAAUAAUUAUAUAAAAAAGUUAAAUACCUGUCCAAUGCAAAAGAAUGUGACUAAUGCACCAAUGGGUGCUGAUACUGAAAAUGCUAACAGAUGUUUACGUAUUCUUUUUUUGUCAAGUCCAUGAUGUAAUAAAAUUGUGACUAAACCAAAGGCAGAUGGUGCUUUAUGUAACAUAAUCGCAACAAAAACUAUCAUUUCGACUUCCUUAUGAGAAGAAGCAGCUGCAGCACCUAAGGCGAUACCAUCAGCAGCUGCAUGAACGAUUAGUCCUAGAGUAGCAGUCAUGCUACCUGCCUUACGAUUAGCUAAACCAGCUUCUACAUCUUAAAAAAUAAAAUAUUUGUAUUCUGUAUUAACUGUAUUUUCAAAAUCGAAAAAUAUACUCAAUUUAGGUAGUUUGUAUUAGAAUAUUAAGAUACUUGCCUUUAAUAUAUUUUGUUGAAAGCUGAUCUAUUAGCAACAUCAAUGUAAAUCCAAGUACUAAUGUAACUCCUAUUACUGAAUGAAAAUUUACAUGACUAAAGUCUACUUCAACUGUUACAUUGUCAGCAGCUAUAAAAAAUGUUUGAUGUACAAAAUGUGUUCACAUUAUUAUAAACUCUAGGUAUAAACAAUUUUGAAUAAUAAUGAAAUAAUUUCACUAAAAAGAUAAGUAAUAAUAUGUAAACACCCAUUUUUUUAUGUAAAUGUAUAUUUUAUGUUUAUUAAUAAACAAACUUUUAUGUGGUACAACAGUUGAGUAAAGGGAAUGUAUUCCUUCAGGUAUUAUCACAGCUAAUGCAGUGCCAACUAAAAGACCAGCUCCAAAUAACGAUAUAAGUUCUAAUUUGGCCUACAAAAUAAAUAUGUUAGUAUAGUAAUAACUCAUAUAAAUUUGUGACUUACUUCAGACAUGGGCAUUACUAAUGGAACAUUGCCCGCUAUGUAACUAGCCACUAACAUUAGAAUCGACAACAAUAUGAGAAACGUCGAUUCAUCCAUUGUAAAUUUAAAAAAAAAAUAAGUGUAUAUCAGUAAAAAAUAUAUUUAAAAUUAAGUAGACAUUGGCAAUGUGAACGUAACAUGUAUUUUUUUGAAGGCAUCUAAAAUAUGUGUCUAAUGUCUAUUCAACUUAGUUUAUUUGGAUUAACGGUAAUGAGCAAACAGUUAUUUUUUGGUAGGAACGUGACAAAAAAAAAAAAAAUAAAUAAAAAUUACGGUAUACGGUACGAGGUCAUGUUGACAGGAGCAAAAAAAUAUUUAGAAUGUUCCAUACUUCUGUCUGUACAGCAGUCGAAUAGCGAUUACUUGUUACGUUUCAAAGAUUCUGAAUAACGUUACAGUCGUGUCGUGAUUCGCAUAAUCACUAAUUUGUGGUCGCAGUUACUAUCACUAUUAUCAGUUAUCUUGUGUUGAUAAUGGUAACGAAAAUAAAAACAAGCACAGCGGUUAAGGGGUUACGGGCUUGCACACGGUUGGUGGUACUGCGAAGAUGACGGUUUUCCCCACCGCGC